UACCUUAUGGCACGCGUUCUCUGGCAGCACUCAGCAGUCGCAUCCUUCUCUUUACUUUGUCUCGUAUAACAACCAUCUCACCUCAGUGGCGGCAGUACUGAAGCGUCCAACUAACGGAUACGCUUUAGGGCCCUUUAACCAUCCAGAACAAGCCGUUCUUUGCUCCCGCCACCGACCACCAUGUCUCAUGAAUCUCGCCAGAGAUCACCUACAGAGCCUGUAGAACCCAGAUCGACUCCCAAACCAUCAACUGACAAAGUCUCCACGCCUUCCAAAGCGCGCAGACCAUUGCCUAUCCCCAAUGAACCCAAGACAGUUCCUCCUGCGACUUUCUACGGGACUUCCGCCUCGAUAUCCACCAAUGCAGCUCCAGGAUCUUCUCGUACCAAUUACCAGGCACCCGUGCCAAAGUUAGCACCUUCAUAUCGCGAGCCUGAACUUGUAGAAGACGAACAAAUACCCGCUCUCGUUCCCGCAACUAACUGGGGAGAACCGACAUCGGUGAACUGGAGUGAUCCAGCACCUGGUCCUUGGCCGGACUUACUUACAGGAUGGGCUGAUUCCUUGAAGAAGGUUGACAUUGAUGGUCGCGACGAUAAUGAAGAAGAGAACUGGUGCGAUCCAGCUGUACAGGAACAGAGCAAGAGACCAGGACCUGGAAUGCUUCCACCGAGAAUCGAGUGCCACUUAUCUGCACCUCCCGAUCGUCUCUGGUCUGUUACAAUGAAGAGCCUACCUGCCCAAAGGAAUGAAGCCUCCAGAAGUAGUGCUUCACCAUCUUAUGGAUCUUCAAGCCCUCCUCCAAAUGCUCCAAAUGCUUCAAACUUUACGCCUCCGAGUAUGGAGGAAGUCCGCAUGGCGAUUCCACAUCCUAACGCCUAUUUCAGUAACGAGCAGAACGGAUGGGUUCUCAUACUUUGGUGCUCCUCCUCCGUCCUUCCACCCUUUGCUUCUUCUUUCACUCCAACGCACCCUCUUCCCGAUCAAUCUCGUCGCAAGCGCACAAGCUCCUGUGUAGGUGAUGGUGAACAACCGUUUGGUCAAGCCAACAAAACUCACCAUUUCCACCGUUAUGAACGUGCUGUCGAUGCCCGCACGCUCAAUCCUCCUUUUCGAAGGAAUGAAUGGGAAGAGGAUGAGACUCGCAAACGUCGGAGGCGCAAGAUGACUAUAGUCGAGAACACCGACAACGUACCCGCUCCCGAAGAAGAGCUUACGACACGGUCUGGAGGCGAUCUGCUGGACUUGUAUAUAUGCUGCCAGUGCUCAGUAUAUUGCCUCGUAUCACAAGUCAUCCCAGGGGUCAUUCCACUCAAGUUUCUCGAAGAGUUCACGAAAGAGAAGUUGAAUAACCCGAGUAUAAGUCGGACGUCCAGGGCGACUGCAUUGCAGGCAUGGGAAACUGUUCUUACUAUUGUCGAAAAUCGACUUUUCAAAGGCGAGAAUCGUGUUUUGCCGGUGACACGGCCGAAAUUCUUAAGCAAAAUAGGCUGGAAUGAUGUGAUCCGGUGCGUCUUUGAGUCGUUAGGCUUUGCGGUGAGACCGAUGCCAGGCGAGAAUUCAACUGAGGACGCCGCUCUGCACCCACCGUAUACUGAGCCUGAUACUCCGGAGGGGAAGAAGAAUCGCUCAAAGUUGCUCAGAGCCUGGGUGGAGAUCAGUUCGUGGUUGACUAUCUUUUACAAAGCUGAAGGGACUGUAGAGGAGCAAUAUGGUGAUUACAAACCAUCUCCCUUGCAUGUCAUUACGGAAAAUGCAGCAGACAUGGUUCGCACCGGAAUUGGUGCACAUCAGAGUCAAAUCCCUCUCAGUCCUUUGGCCGGGGACCUUGUCAAAAUCCACUCAUUGCAAGAGUCAUGGGAAGUGCUCGGCACCACUGCGGAAACAUAUGCGUGGGACUUGCUCACUUUUGCCUAUUUCGCGCAAUGUCGAUGUGAUCCUCCUCAUACUAUUCAAUACUUCACACAUCUCGUCAAGAUCUUUGAAACAUUCCAGAAACGGGGGCUUUCCGCGACUAUAACGAACUCUGAGGAGCUCCAAACCCUUAUUGCCGCAGAACGUUCACGAGGACGUUUUACAGAGUCGGACAUUAAGCUCGCCACUCAUUACCUUGGAUUUGGCAAGGAGAAUGAACUAGGUGUUGAACUCGAUGACGAAGUUGAUGAUGACUUCAUCUUGAACGCCUGGAAGAAUGGGUUGAAAAGGAGUUGGAGAGAGGAUGGGGGCGGGGCUGAGCGGAGGACAGACUUGAACGAUAGCUUCAAAAUCAUCUCGGACGUGCGAGGUGGCGAGAAGUUGAGGAAUGCGUAUAAGUGGGAGAAGAACACUAUGUCGCCCGACGCUGCUUACGCCACUUUGGAGGUUCCUAAGGAGGUGGAUGAGACCAUGUUGAUCACUGUCUAUUCGAUGCGGGUUGAGGAUCAACCGAGUCAAGGCGACAAAAUGCGCGAAGCCCUUACUGUCAUUGCCGAGUUCACUGAUAGCCAACGGCUUCGUUCGUUCUUAGAAACUGGGCAAGAUCCUGGCGAUGUCACAAAUACCACUAUGCAGAACAUGCCUCGUGGCCUAAAUCAGCUCGGAAAUACCUGUUACUUGAAUUCGCUCCUUCAGUACUUCUACACUAUCAAGGACCUUCGUGAAGCCAUUGUGCCCUUCUCUAACCCGGCGGAUGCAAAAUUCUUGGGCGAUAAGUUCACUGAUGACGACCUGAAACGCCACCGAGUUGGAGGGCGCAUGGUGACCAGGAGGGAAAUUGUACGGUCAAAGAAGUUUGUGAAUCAGCUCGCGGAUCUUUUCUGGAACUUGGAGUGGUGCGACAAGCCAGCGGUGACUCCGACUCUUGAUCUAGCGAAGCUCGCACUGGUGACGUCCCAGGACGAAGAAGAGGAAGAUCAUGAGAGGACAGGCACCGAUUCGUCCAAUGACACGGACGCAACUCUGGUUGAAGAUGCCCCUCUACGCGUCCACGAGCGUCCUCCGUCGCCUGUACCUAGUCCAUCGGACUCGGUCUUGGGCAAACGCAACCGUGACGGGCCACAGCGGAUGGAUGUCGAUAGCCCGAAAGGCGAGACAGAUAAGGACGCCUUCGUGAUGGUGUCGAAACCUUCUUCCCCUCAGGGAAGUUCUUCGGCAGAAGCUAGUUCAUCAAAGCUCGUUUCUAUUGAUACUGAACAGGACGUGGAGAUGCAAGACAUGUCGACAAAGCCUCCACCGCUUCCCCCUCGGAAACCUCGUGAAGUGAAUGAUUCAGUCAUGAUGUUCGGUCGGCAGCAUGAUGUGUCUGAAUGCAUGGACAACUGUAUGUUCCAGAUCGAGACCGCGUUGUUGGACUUCCAGGACAAAACAGGGUCUGACAAUGACAAGACGAGCAUCGUUAAACGGCUAUUUUAUGGCAAGAAGCGUCAACGUUUGACUGAUCUGGCACCAGUCGCCGAACACAGGCACCAAUCGUCCAUUCACGAGAAGGAAGACUUGUUCUCACACCUCCACGUGAAUGUGUCAGAAGAGGGAUACGACCUUUACGAUGGUUUGAGCAGAUACUUUGACGAUAUCGUUGAAUUCGAAGGCAUCAAGAAGCGCAUGGAGGUUUCACUUAUUGAUCUCCCACCGGUACUUCAGAUCCAAUUGCAGCGCGUUCAAUUCGAUCGUGACACUCAACAAGCGUAUAAGUCUCAAGCGUACGUCAAGUUUGGCGAAACACUUUUCUUGGAUCGCUUCCUCGACACGGCGGAUCCUCAGAAGAAAGCACGUUCGAAGGUCGUUCAGGCUGAGCUGAACGCAUGUCGUGAUCGCAUUCAAAGGCUGACACAGGGGAAGUAUGCGCCGUUCGCGCCGUCCUUGGCUGGAGUGGCCAAGUUCUUGGACACGCCAAAACUCUCGUAUAUGUCAGAAAAUUCACCAGAAGUGGAUAGUGACUUCAUUGCCGCCAUCCGGGACGAGUCGCAGCUUAUCACCUCCCAAUUGGAAGUCGAACGCGCUCAAGCGGUGAAGCUGAAACAGGAGCUCGAAGAUCUCUGGCGAACCGAUGCGAAUGCGGCCUAUGAGCUCACCUCUGUGUUCAUCCAUCGUGGCAGCUCUCCCUCAUGGGGCCAUUACUUUUUCUAUUCGCGCCAUUUGCCGGAUAACCCGGAUUCUUGGUUCAAGUACAAUGAUUCUGAUGUUACUGUCGUUUCAAAGGAGGAGGUGUUGGCAGAUACCACUGGAUCCACUGCCAAUCCGUACAUGCUUGUGUUUUCUAGGAAGGAUGCCAAUAUCAUCCAGACUGUACAUAGAUUUGACGCGGAGAGCUUGCUCAUUGACGAUUGAAUCUCUUUUGUAAUUUCAUGGCUGGACGCUUGCCGUCCUCUCUCUCGUUCGCAUACCACUGUAUCAUACCACCCUGCACAUGCACAUUUGUAUCUCGCUGUUGUUCGGAUCCACGCAAUAUUUACCUUUCUCGCAAAGUACAGGCCCCCUUCAGCAACAUCCUCAGAAAUAGGUAGCAUAACCCUCUUCUGAAUUGUUUUGCCAAAGGCAUAUAAGCCUCACAUCUGUUGACCAGGUGACGGUUUAUCCCAUGAAAUACAAGGUAACAAGUGUUUGUCACAUAUCAAUGCAUGAGCGCGGAUGAAUUAGCUCGUACUCGACACCACCAAUGAGAAGAGUAAACGAGGAGAAAGACG